UGCCGUGUUUGCUUACAGUAGAGCCGGAUGGGAGCUUCCGCUUCGGCUGUGAGCGAGCUGGCACCGCAGGAGGAUGAACAACCAGAGAUGUAGCACUUUAUUCCUGAAACUGAAAGGACGGAGGGGGAUCAUACACUGUAUCUAUGUGGUGGGCUUCAUGGACUUGUUCGGGGUGAGCAUGAUCAUCCCGCUCUUGAGCCACCAUGUAAAGGCUCUUGGAGCGAGUCCCACAGUGGCUGGAAUCGUGGGAUCUACGUAUGGAAUAUUGCAGCUUUUCUCCAGCACAAUAGUAGGCAGCUGGAGCGACGUGGUGGGGCGGCGAUACUCCCUGCUGACUUCCAUCCUGCUGAGCGCCUGCGGCUAUGGCCUGCUGGGGAUUUCUACAAGCAUCACUUUAUUUGUCCUCGCACGAAUACCUGUGGGACUGUUCAAACACUCCUUGUCCAUCUGCAGAGCUUUGCUGUCAGACCUGGUGUCUGAAUCAGAGCGCCCUCUUGUGAUGGGACACUUUAACGCAGCUUCCAGCGUCGGCUUCAUCCUGGGUCCUGUAGUAGGCGGCUACCUCACUGAGCACGAAGGAGGCUUUUACACCUCCUCAUUCACAUGUGCAGCCAUCUUUCUUAUCAAUGCUGGGCUGGUGUGGUUGCUGCCAUGGAGCGAGACGAUAACCGAUCGAAACGCAACUAACGGCGCCAGUAAAAGAUGCCACAAUGAAUACUGCGGCAAGUCUGUGCAAAACGGCUCUCACGCAAACAACCACCACUCGGCGUUACCGACGGAGACCGAAGCGGAGCGCAGAGCUGCUGGGAAGCCUGGCCUCAGAUGGAGGGAGGUGUCACUGCUCCAGCCUGCGUGGAGACAGCUCACCUCUGUCAGCUCCAGGAUUCACAUGGUGGCCUCUUCUGACAUGUGGGACCUCUUUCUGGUGCGUCUCUUGAUGGCCGUAGCCAUCAUGCUCUACUACAGUAACUUCUCUCUGGCCAUGGAGGAGCGUUUCUCGAUGAAACCGAAGAUGACGGGUUAUCUGAUCAGCUACAGCAGCACCUUAGGGGCCCUGGCCGGGUUCCUGGUGGGGCCGGUCACACAGCUCUACAGAAACAACAUGCCCGCUCUGCUGCUUCACUCCACCAUGCUCACCUGUCUGCUCAUUUUCCUCUACGCCGCCGCUCCAAGUGUGUGGCAGGUCCUGCUCACCUCCACCUUCUUCGCCAUUUCUACCUCUAUCGGACGGACGUGCAUCACAGACCUGGAGCUUCAAAGGGGAGGCGUCCACACCAGCGGGACUCUGAUCGGGGCCGGCCAGUCGGUGACGGCCGUGGGUCGCGUCCUGGCCCCGCUCCUCUCCGGUCUGGCCCAGGAGAUCAGCCCCUGCGGACCGCCCAGUCUGGGGGUUGUGCUCGCUCUGGCAGCUGUGGGUUUGCUCCUCGUCAGAAUCCCGAAGUGGGACGGGAGGGCGCUGGCAAAAACAGUAAAAUUUUAAAACAGUUUCUGCAGCUGAAUGAUGAUCUUUUAUUGAGUCAAUGCAGAUCUACCACUUUUAGAAGUGCUCUUAUUUGCAGCAAGCAGCUGUGGUGAACAGCAGACCCUCGGCGUGAACAGAGUUUCUCACCAUGGGUGCCUCCGCCAAACGAAUCUGCUGAUGUCAUGACUCGACACAAGGACUGCAGGCCUUUCUCUCAGGGACCGUGGACGUUUGCCGCUUGGAGGAAACGGCUGCAGAGUUUCUUGUGCUUCCAUAAAUGCUGAAGUCAGAUCUCAUAGAAACAUGCAGUGAGGGCCUUAACUUUGGCUCAGUGUCCUUGUUAUUGCAAUAAUCUACGCUGUGUUGUUAAUUUAGUUCUGUCGGCACUACUUACAGGUAUACUGAUUUAUGAAGACACAAGACCACUGAAAUUGUCAUUAUUGGAGAUCCACUGGUUAUAACUUUGUGACCAAUACUCGUUCUGCAACUGUUGGAAAGGUUCGCAAGGGUUUUAUCCGACUCUAAUUUCUCUUUCCAAACCAUUUGUGUGCAUUUCAAAUGUUUCUGCUGUAAGCAGUCAUUAAAUAUUUAUAUUAGAAAUGUUCAGAUGUAAAAAAAUAAAUAAAUAAAAGGGGGUUUUACUAUCUUAGAAGAAACACUAAAUGAUGUUGCCGUUUACAUUUUAAUUCUGUUCAAACUUCCCAUUAUCUACUUUACUCCAUUACAUCCUGACUUUUUUUACUGUUAUAUUUCCAUUAUACACAUUUUUGUGUGUGUGGGGUGGUGGGAGGUUCUGACAAGCAGAUGCUAACAUAAAUAAAAAUGUUUUAUUUAAAUAUAGGCCGUGUAGUUAAUAUUAAAUUUAGACAUAUUUCUAAUUAUUAACAUGAACUAUAAUUGUGAAUAAUGGUAGGUAAGCUAUUUCAAGAACUUAAAUUAUUUUAUUAAUGCUGCUAUUGCUAAACAGAGCUUUGAAAAAUUGAAUUAAAGCAUGAGUUUUAUUGCGGCUUUUUAUAUACAUGUAGUCCAGAAGCACCUUAAUACUGCAAAAAUCACAACCGGUGUGUCCUGCACACUGUUACCACUAGAUGGCAGGAAGGUUCUUCCAAAAUGAACCAAGGGUAGAUUUUGCAUCCACACAGGCAAGUCCUUUGCAUUAGGACCAGAAGCAGUUCAAGGCAAAGUCUCAACACUGAAAAGGGUUAAGUCUUGCUCUCUCUCACCGACUCGAAGCCUGAUCGAACUGCAGACAUGUUUGGAAAUGUAAUUUCCAAUGUGAUUUCUUGACGCAUCGCCACUAUUAAUUAUUGAAGAGCAAGACAUGUUGUAACUGAGGAAAUGUUGAGAAAAGGUCAUAAAGUAUCAGAAUGUGAAGAUAAUCUACCAAAGAAGAGAUUAUGGCUUCAUCUAUACAACACAUGCUGUUCUAGACACAUCAGUUGUAUUUCCUCCUUUUCAUUUAGCCUUAUGAAAUAGCUUUCAUGUAGCAAAAUCGCACUAUGCCUGUGUGUCAUUAAUUGAUUUCUUUUAACUUUUUUUUUUUUUAGUUUCAUUUGCCGUUUUUGAUUUGUCCUAAACAGUUUGAGAUUUACAGUACCUACAGUCCCCGGUUAGAAAUUUCACCUUAGAUAAGUCAUUGUGGUAAAUUUGUGAUUGUAAUUUUUACCAUUUAAAAAUAUGUUCUAUAUUAUUUUGGGCAUAUUGACCUGUCCAAAUUGUCAAAGUAGUAAUGUAAAAAACUUUUACAAAUUACACCUCGAUGGCACCUUUUCUUUUCUAAUGCAGUGUAAAUGAUGUAAAGUAAAUUCAACUUCUAACCUUAAUGGCACCUGUAAAUGAAGUAAAUGUAUUUUUGUUUGCACUACAUAUUAAAUAAACAAGUACAGCCCUAAAUAAUAGUAAAUAUUGUACAAAAUAAUUGUGAAUGAAAGUUUUUUUUUAAUGCCUGAAUUCAAAAUGCCCUCACUGUGACGCAUAAAAAAAAAAAGUCCAGUUUCACUUAAAACUGUAUUUUGAAAGUUUCAUUAUAUCUCAUAUUCAGUUGAUAAACACCAUAAUUAAUCAUUACAACAUAUUAAUAUGGACACAGUCCUUUAGAUUUAGGGCCAAAUCACUUUUUGUUAAACUAUUUUAGUUUUACAGUAAGCCCAUUUUCUGAAAGAGAUGCAAUGUGAGUUCAUCUUUUUGAUGUAAUUUUGCUUUUUUCCCCCCACUGCAUAACUGCACCUCUAAUCUAUGUGGGCCUCAUAUGGCUGGAUGGGAACUGAGCUUGCAAUAGGCACUUGAAUGUACUAAAUAUAACUAAUAGCAGUAAAACUGCUGUUCUACUACUACUGGUUUCUAAAAAUUUAAAACACAUCUAGGACUCACACAAGACUCACAGCUUUAAUUUUUAAAAUAUUUUGCAGGUUCAGAGACUUUGGGAGACUUUAAAUACAAAACUUCUGUGUUUUUAUAGUUUAAUCAGGUUUUGCAUUCUUCAGUUGUCUCCCAUGUGUUAUACAGGAGUUUGUGUUUAUGAAGGUUCAUCACUGCUGUUGGUUGGACUAAUGCUUUACUAUUUGCAGUGCCUUUAUAAAAGUGUUUGCAUGAUGCAUCAAGAAAAAAUGUGCAUGAUUAUGAAAUGGAAAGAAAAUGAUAAACGGUUUUCAAAAUAAUUGCAAAUAAAAAGACUGAAAAGUCUGAAACAUU